AUGGAGUCCGUUUCCUUACAGCAGUACAUUUGCAACCUGGAUCUCCGUUCCUUGCCCCGAGUGGUGAAGAUCUGCUCCGGAGUUUACUUCCAAGGGUCUGUUUACGAGAUCUCGGGUAGCGAAUGCUGCUUAUCAACAGGAGACCUGAUCAAAAUUGUUGAUAUCCAGCUCCUGAAAGUCAAUUGUGAAAGCACUGAAAAAGAUCAGCUUGUGGAGCUUCCGCUGACGUUUAAAGGUCUCUUUCAGCUCAGUCCAGAACGGCCACAUAAAACACAGUUGCAGCGUUUCCUUCCGGGUGCCCUCUCCAUCAAAGGCAAGUCCCCAGCCUGUGACAAACAGCAGUAUACACUCCAGGAGAUCCUGCAGUCGCCCACCAUACGAGGGAAGAUGCUUAAAUGCCCUGAACUUGGCAGCAGCAAAUACCAGCUGUGCCCAGUGUAUACAGUGGAAGCAAUAAUGCACUGGCGAAACGACGUGGUAAAAAUCGACUCGACGCUGGACGUUGAGGUGGUUGACGUCACCGAGGAGUCUCAGCACAUCCACUUUAUCAAGCCACUGAUGCUAAGUCAGGUUCUGCUGAUGGAUGAAGCGCUGCCAGCGCGAGCAGAGAUCCUCAGGCCCUCAGAGAACACGCCCGUCUUCCAGAGCAAGUGGGUUUCCCACCUCCGACGAGGCUGCAGGAUUCAGAUCCACGGCAAAGUGUCGUCGUGGAAAAUCCUGGCCACUUCCCGCAAAGGCAGGAGACAUGCCUGCCACUUUCUCAUCUCCGGCAGCUAUGAGGGCCGCUUCCGCCGCUGCCCGCGCGAGUUCCACUCAACCUCAGAACUGGCCAGCGGUCUAGGCUUGGCUAAGAAACUGCAUGUGGUAGUCACCAAGGACGACGAAAGCAGCGACGGGGAGCUUCCGCGGUUUGGCAUAGGGGAUCGGCUAGAAGUGCUUGGUCUCCUGAGGGCACGCCAUCCUUCCGCCAGAGACGUGCUAGAAUGCAUCAGGGACAACGGAGACGGGGAUACAGAACGCAUCAAGGUGCCCCUCUUCUUGGAUGCCAGCUUUGUGGAAGAUGUUCGCGACAGCACAAAGUACACCCUCCCAGAGGUGGUGGGACGCUUCCACCUGCCCUGCGAGGUCAAGGUGGUGGCCAACAGCGAAGCCCCCGAUCCUCUCGCCUGUGUCUCAGUGCUGACCCUGGAGGCUCAGAUCACAGAGCCUUUUCUCAUGGUCAGUCUGGAGGAGGAGCUGCCCGUCACCUUCGAGAUUCCUCCCCGGUGGCUGGACGUGUCUCUGUUCUUCACUGGAGGCUCAGCCAAGCCCACACCUCCCUCCAUCAGUCCCCAGGUCGAGGAGCUGACAGAGGCCUUUUAUUAUAGCUUGCUAAAGACCUUGCCCAACAACACACCCGCUCCUCCGAGGCCCCCUAAGAGAAGCGAUUCAACGAGCAAGCACUCCCAAAGGAUUUCCCAAGAAGGGAAGAGGAAAGCAUCAGCACCCACUCAGACAGUGACAACUCCGACCAUGAUUAUGAGGACAUUUGUGAACCGCUUCAAGAAACUAUUCGCAAAAUGCAAGGCACUACUAUUAAACACUGAAGCUCCAAUCUACUAG